AUGAGACUGUUUGUUGCUCUGCUUUUCUAGAUUAUUCAUGGUUUAAGUGUUUUGAAAUCAGAUUAAUGCUUGGAUUGUUCCCUACUUAUAAGAAAAGAGGAUUGUGAAUUUGCAAAUUGCUUUUGGAGUGCUGUGGGUGAGAAUUAAGAAGGGACAUGUGGUGAUGAAGAUUUAAGUGAAAAUCCUGGAAAUUCCGAAGGAAAUGUUAGCUUUUGUUAAAGUGUAUUGAAUCCAGAACAAAAUUGUAAUAAAGUUAAGGGUUGUGCUUACUAUAAUUCAACUUGUACAAUUUUCACAGGUUGUUCUGCUUAUUUUUUACAUACAACCAUUGAUUGUCAAAAAAUAUCGUCUGAAUGUAUUUCUGAAGGGGAUGGAUGCAUAAAUGUAAAAUAAUGCGUAGAGUAUUUAACUUAAGAUAUUUGUGAAAAUUCAGGAAGUUCGAGUGGUAAAUAUCAAUUAAUAAAAUAGGUUUUGGUAAAUGUAAGUGGAAUUCUGAAUUAUAGAAAUGCCGAGAUUAUUAGUGUAGUGAAGCUGACCUAGUUUUGACAACGGAUUAGUAAUGUUCCUAAUUUGGAGUUGGUUGUAUCACAAAAGGUUAAGGAUGUAUAGAAAGUCCUUUGAGGGAAUGUAAAACAUAUGAAACCUCAGGUCAAGAUUGCAGUAAGUUAAUUGGAUCAGAUGGCUAGUGUGAGUAAGUGGAAGGGAGUUAAUACUGUUAAUUAAAAAAAUGUGAAACAGCUCCGACGACUUAUAAUAACAAUGAAGAAUGCGAUAAGUAUUUGAAAGGAUGCGUUAGUACAGGGUAAGGUUGUGUUGUAAGCUUGGUGCCCUGUAAUACUUAUAAAAAAGAUUGUACAAAUUAUAUAGGUUCUGAUGGAAUAUGUGAAUAUGAGGAGAAUUAAGAAAACUGCAGGAGUCGUAUAUGUGAAAAUGGAUAAUUCACUUCAGAUGAAGAUUGCAAUCGAUAUAAAACUGGUUGUAUUACUAAUGGAAAAUCAUGUGCCAGCAGCUUGCAAAGUUGUACUAGUUACAAGGGAAAUAAAAAUAGUUGUUUGGGAUACAAAGGAUAGGAGGGAAUGUGCAAAGGAAUAGAUGAUAAUGAAUAGUAAUGUUAAGUCUAGGAUUGCAUUAAGGAUAGUAGUACUGCAUAUGUUACUGAUGAAUAAUGUUAGAACAUAUAGAAGGUGUGUAAGACAAAUGGGAUGGGAUGUGUGUACACUUUGAAGGUAUGUAAAGAAUAUGAAGCAAGUCCUGAGAAAUGUUUCGGAUUGAUUGGUUCUGAUGGAAGAUGUUAAGGUGGUGCAGAUGGAAAAUGCAAAAGUAGAAUUUGUUCGGAUGCUCCUAGCACUUACAACACAGAUUAUGAAUGUAAAAAGUAUUAAUCUGGCUGUGUAACAAAUGGUAGUGGAUGUAUAGAUUAGACAAGUUGCUAAUUGACUCUUAAAGAGAACAGCUGUUCAGGUACUGCAGGAUGUUAAUGGAAUUCAUCUUGCAUGGAUUCAACAAAAUGUUCUAAUUUCUAAACUCAAUUGAUUUGUGA